UUAUGCCCGAGUGAAUUGAAGCAAUCAAGACAAGAUCCUGCAAACAAACAUGAGUGGUCGUCUGUGGCCCUUUGCUUUUAUGGUGCCAGUGAUUUUAGGCGUCAUCAUAUACCAGCUCGACUCGUUCGACCCGGCCCCGUACCCCGUUCACGAGUUGACUCAGGGGAGGCCGGCGGUUGCCCCGAAGCGUAACGGCCGUUUGCUGCAUGGCUCCGAGAAAAUAGGAGUUGGGCGGCUGUCGGGGCCGGAGGACAUAGCGUACGACCCCAAGACGGGUGUGAUAUACACGGGGUGUAUGGAUGGGUGGAUCAAGCGAGUCACGGUGAACGAGUCGUCGGCUGCUGACUCGGCGGUGGAGGACUGGGUUAACACGGGUGGCAGGCCGCUGGGACUCGCUCAUGGACUUCACGGUGAAGUCAUCGUAGCCGAUGCUGAUGUGGGAUUACUAAACGUUACCUCUGACGGCGAAGUGCAAGUGCUGACGGACGAGGCGGACGGCGUUAAGUUCAAACUAACGGAUGCUGUCGACAUUGCAGAGGAUGGUGUGCUAUACUUCACAGAUGCGUCAUGGAAAUACGGACUUAAUGAUGUUUUUUGGGAUGCUUGUGAAGGGAGACCUCACGGCAGACUUUUAAGCUAUAAUCCAGACAAUAAGCAAACCAAAGUGCUGCUCAAAGAUUUGUUCUUUGCUAAUGGCGUUGUUGUUUUUCCAGACCAGGGCUCUGUUAUUUUUUGUGAAACCACAAUGAGGAGGUGUAAGAGGUUGUACAUCAAGGGUGAAAAGAAGGGGUUUGUGGAUGUUUUUAUUGAGAAUUUACCAGGAAUGCCAGACAACAUUCGUUAUGAUGGAGAAGGCUUAUUCUGGAUUGCAUUAUCUACGGAAUACACAUAUGGUUGGGAGCUUGCACAAAAGUAUCCAUUCAUGAGGAAGAUUAUGGGAAUGAUAGGGAAGUAUGUAGGGAGGCCAAAGAUGGAGAAGAAUGGAGGGGUUUUUGUUGUUGAUUUGGAAGGCAAUCCAGUUGCUCACUACUAUGAACACAAUUUUUCACUGGUCUCAACUGGAAUUAAGAUUGGUGAUUAUAUGUACUGCGGUUUUGUCAUGCAUGGUUUCAUACUUAGGCUCAAUCUAACUCAAAACCCUGCAAUUGCAUGUGGAUGAACAAUAAAUACCAAUGACUGUACUUCUGCAAAAACCCCCACUUUCCAUGUUUUCUUGUAUAGUAUUUCCUGUUAGUCUGGGUGUAAUCAAUCAAGACUUAUAUCUACCUUUAAAACUUUUUAAAGCAAUGAAUUUUUUAAUGACUUUAAUAAAAUCUCUCUAAACUGUUA